UAUACCCCUAAACUCUGAAAAUUGGAAAACGACCCCUCCAAAACAAACAUGGGAGCUCGACUUCUUCUUCCUCCGCUUCUCUUUCUCCUCACUCUUCAUCUCCACCACCGCCGUUGCUCCGCCGCAUAUCACGUCGGAGUCAACUACGGAACGGUGGCCGAUAACCUCCCUCCGCCGCAGCAAGUCGCCGGCUUUCUCAAAACCAAAACGAACAUCAACCACGUCAAGAUCUUCGACGCCGACCCAAACAUCCUCCGAGCAUUCGCAGGCACCGGAAUCUCCGUCACGGUCACCGUCGCAAACUCCGACAUCCCUUCCCUCUGCAAACUCUCCGCCGCAGCCAGAUGGCUCUCCGACCACGUCCUCCCCUUCCUCCCCUCCGUCUCCCUCCGUUACAUCGCCGUUGGCAACGAAGUCCUCGCCACCUCGGACAAGAACCUCGUCGCCCAUCUUCUCCCCGCCAUGGAAUCGCUGACGUCAGCCCUAGAAUUCGCCAACGUCACCGGUGUCUCCGUCUCGACGCCGCACUCGCUCGGCAUCCUCUCCGGCGCCUCCGAGCCACCGAGCUCCGGGAGGUUCCGUAGGGGUUACGACAGAGCUAUUUUCGCGCCAAUACUCGACUUCCACAACCGUACGAAGUCUCCGUUCAUGGUGAACCCUUACCCGUACUUCGGGUUCCGACCCGAAACCCUAAACUACGCGUUGUUCGAGCCCAACGCCGGAGUUUUCGACCCGGUGACGAAGAUGCACUACACGAACAUGUUCGACGCUCAGAUCGACGCGGUUUACUCCGCCAUGAAACGGGUCGGGUACGGCGGCGUCGACAUCGUCGUGGCGGAGACCGGUUGGCCAUCCGCCGGGGAAUCAGCGCAGAACGGCGUCGGCGUGGAGGAAGCGGCGGUGUACAACCGGAACUUGAUAAAGCACGUGAACUCCGGCAAAGGCACGCCAUUGAUGCCCAACAGGACCUUCGAGACGUUCGUUUUCUCGCUCUUCAACGAGAAUCUCAAGCCCUCGGUUUCCGAGCAGAACUUCGGUCUGUUCAAACCGGAUUUCACCCCGGUUUACGACGUCGGCAUCUUGAAGACCGACCAGGCGAUGGGACCCAUCUUUGACGUGGCGCAAUCUCCAUCAUCGGAUUCUGCAAAGGCGUGGUGCGUUCCGAGAUCGGACGCUCGAGAUGAGGAGUUGCAAAGGAACAUAGAUUACGUGUGUAACACAGGAGUGGAUUGCGGGCCCAUACAAGGAGGUGGGCAAUGCUUCAGCCCGGAUUCGGUGCGGUCGCAUGCAUCGUACGCCAUGAACGUCUAUUAUCAGACCUUUGGCAGGCAUGACGUUGACUGCGACUUCAACCACACUGGCCUCAUCACCACCGUUGAUCCCAGUUACGAGGCUUGCAGUUACCCAUAUCAAAGGGACAACGAAGUUGAAGGAAUCGACGGCUGAGAUUUCGAGGGGAAUGAGAUGGACGGCUGUGAUGUUCGUGGCAUGCAGUUUGCGUUUCAUCAAAUUUUAUGAAUCAUAAUCAAUAGUUUGACCAUUCGUAUGAAAUUCGUGUUUAAAAAGAUAUUUAUAUGAUGUGAUAAUUUCUAUAAUUCACAUUCAAUAGAGUUGGAGAACAAUAAUCUCUCGGUACAAAAUAAUCA